AUGACACAGCCAGACCUUACUGGUCUUGCCUCUCACCUCACGCGUCCUAGUAUCAACACAUGGCAGGCAAUUGGAAUUGACUUUGUUGGGCCGCUCCCGAGUUCCUCGAACAGGAGCAGCGUAUUUGACAUGAUCUGUGUUGUAAUUGAUCACCUCACAUCAAUGGUGCACCUCGUGCCCAUGAGACAGAACUACACAGCCAAGAAUAUCGCCGAAAUGGUCUUUGAGAAUGUCUAUAAGCUACAUGAUUUGCCUGAACGGAUCAUUUCGGACCGAGACUCGUAUUUUACGAGCACAUUUUGGUCAGAAUUGCACCGAAUAGUGGGUGUAGAGUUACGUCUGAGCACAUCAUAUCAUCCUCAGACUGAUGGGGCGACCGAGCGGGCGAAUAGAACCAUGAUUACCAUGCUGAGACAAGCGGUCGAGCCCCAUCAAAAGGAUUGGGUGUCGAAAUUACCAUCCAUUGAGUUCGCAAUGAAUUCGGCAAGAUCAGCGGCAACUGGCUAUGCACCCUUCUUCCUUAAUUCAGGACAGAUGCCUCGUCCUAUGAUCUGGACUGCCGAGUCGGACUAUCCAGGUGUACAGAAGCAUGCGGAAGCUAUCAGAGAUGCAAUUAUGAGCGCACAUGAUUCUAUUCUGGCCGCUCGUGUAAAGCACACCACCGAAGCGAACAAACAUCGGAAACCGGCUCCAUUUGCUGAAGGAGACCUCGUGUAUCUCUCUACUCAGAACCUGUCACUACCCAAAAAGCGUGCCAGGAAGCUAGUUCCGAAGUUCAUUGGCCCAUUCCGAAUCAGUAAAGUGAUCGAACCUGGCGCCACCUAUAGGUUGGAACUACCUGAUGAGUUACGGCAAAGGGGCAUACAUAACUCUUUCCAUGCAUCGCUCCUGCGCUUUCAUGUGCCUAACGACGACCGAAAGUUCCCAGGACGCUCGCUGCAGCAUGUGACAGGCUUUGGGAAGCCGUCGCAUUGGCCUGUAGAUCGCAUAGUAUCUCAUUACGGUACUGGAAAACGAGCAAUAUUCGAGGUCCUGUGGAAAUCUGGCGAUAAGUCCUGGGAGAUGUACUCCACCGUCAAAGACUUGACAGCGCUUGAAGCAUACUGCGAGGCGCAAGGCAUAGGUUCGGUGUCAAACCUGAGAAAAGGAACUGGAAAUGUACCGAACGACCCGCAGACUCGAUAUACAGCCGCGUCUAUAAAAGUCGACGAACUUUUGACGACUCAUGCUCAAGCAAACUUGCUCCCCAGCUCUUACACUCGCCGUUCACUUUGCUCUACUCAUCUCGAGUCCACAAUGUCUCUCUCUGACAUGGAAUAUGCCACGUCUGACGUUAUGGCUGAGUACCCUGAAUACCCUCCUAAUGGUACUGAAGCCCACUUCGUCAACCCGUCCGAAUUGUCUUCAGAUGAUUCUGUGACCUUCUCGUCGGUUGCCAACCACCCUCCAACGCCCAUGCCCACAAUGGACACUUUGGCUAUCAAGUCGCUUCAAGAACGUUGUGCUCAAUUGAAAGCGUUCAUAUCGACAAUGAGCGCACAACUUAUCGAGCGUAGUCUCUCUGCAACAGUCUUUAAUCAUGUACAGGCUGAUCCUAUGGUACCUACGGCGUCCUUGGACCCUCCGGUCACACAAACCUCUUCCAAUAAGAGCUCGGACCCAUGGAAGCGCCUGAAUAGGAACAACCGUCGUGACGAGGAUUCCAAUCGUCAUGGCGAUCACCCCUACGAGUCUAUACCCAAGCCUAAACGCGGCAAUAAUCGUCGCGAACGCUGUAACAGGCACAGGCACGACUCGGGUGAGCCUAUUCAGGUGCUUCCGUGGGUCCGAGCUCUUAGUGGAAGAGGUUUGUGUGACCGGAGGGUCUGA